GUGGAACUUCAAACUCAGUACCCAUCUAGGUUCCCCAUUCCUUUAUGUUGUUCUAACUUAAAAUUAAAGAAGAAGUGAGCCAUUACUCCAGAGGCAGGGGUAUUUAAACUCAGAGAACACUCAGUAGGCUGUGAUAGCUGCUGUCAUUUCACACUGACACAAGGACGUUUUAGGAGUCUUUGACUAGAAAAGUCUUACAGUAACAUGGAGGAUUUUGACUAUAAAGAAUAUGGAGAAGAUUAUACUGCUGACAAUGAAACAUAUGAAAACACCUCUGUGAGUGGCUCAGUGACUUUCAACCAUCCCAGGUCCUUUUCAGUGGAAACUGGAAUCAAUAUCCUUAUAUCACUACUGGGUCUCAGUGGAAAUGCUAUAGUAAUUUGGAUCUCUGGCUUCAAGAUGAGGACAUCGGUCAACACCACUUGGUACCUCAGUCUGGCCAUCUCAGACUUUCUGUUCUGUGUCUGUCUGCCCUUUAACAUUGUAUACAUGGUCACCUCACACUGGCCCUUUGGGCUGGUUAUGUGUAAGCUGACUUCCUCCACUAUGUUCCUCAACAUGUUCAGCAGCGUCUUCCUGCUGGUUCUGAUCAGUGUUGACCGCUGCGUGUCAAUCACUUUUCCUGUCUGGGCUCAGAACAACCGGACCAUUCCCAGAGCAUCCGGAGUGGUCGUCCUUGUGUGGGCCCUCUCUGCUGCCCUGACUGUACCCUCACUGGUCCACCGCCAGAUCAAAACACAUGGGGCUGAUACACUGUGCUAUACUGAUUAUCAGUCUGGGCACAAGGCAGUGGCUCUAAGUCGAUUUGUCUGUGGCUUUGUGAUUCCUCUUUUGAUUAUAGUCUUCUGCUACUCAGUUAUCUUUGUGCAGCUCAGGAGUCGCCCCAUGAAAUCCACUAAACCUGUCAAGGUAAUGACUGUCCUCAUUGUGUCCUUCUUCGUUUGCUGGGUGCCCUAUCACACCUUUGUCCUGUUGGAGGUGAACUUGGGCAACCACAGUCUUGAGAUGCUCUACACUUGGCUGAAGGUGGGCAGCACAAUGGCUGCAGCAAACAGUUUCCUUAACCCCAUACUGUAUGUGUUAAUGGGUCAUGACUUUCGGCAAACCCUAAAGAGGUCUGUUCUGUGGAAGAUAGAAAAUGCAAUGGCAGAAGAUGGGCGUACAGGUGGACGUAACCUCUCAAAGUCUGGGUCUUUUGAGAGUAAAGCUUUCACACACGUCUGAGGUUUAAGAUUGUGUCAUUUUAUUGAGGUUGUUUGUAAGUUUGUAACGAUGGUACCUUUUUGCACUGCUUCUAUAGAUGUUAUAUGAUUUGUAAUGUAUUAAUUCAGUGUUACUGUGUAAAUAUGAGUUUCAAUGGAUAUCAAAAGGCGUGUCUGAUUAAAAUCUGUUACAUUAGUUCUAUUCAAUUAGUUGUCAAAGUUAUGGACACUCAUGUUUUCUUAAAGUAUCUACUGAACAAAAAUAUAAGCCGAAAUAAAAGAUCCCAGAAAUGUUCCAUACUCAUAAAAAGCUUAUUUCUCUCAAAUGUUGUGCACAAAAAUUGUUUACAACCAUGUUAGUAAGCAUUUCUCCUUUGCUAAGAUAAUCCAUCCACCUGAAAGGUGUGGCAUAUCAAGAAGCUGAUACAGUAUGAUCAUUACACAGGUACACCUUGUGCUGGGGACAAUAAAAGGCCACUUUAAAAUGUUUAGUUUUGUCACAUAACACCAUGCCACAGAUUCCUUACAUUUAGAGGGAGCGUGCAAUUGACAUGCUGACUACAGGAAUGUCCACCAGAGCUGUUGCCAGAAAAUGUAAUGUUAAUUUCUCUACCAUUGUCACAUCCUGACCAUAGAAAGAUGUUAUUUUCUAUGGUAGAGUAGGUCAGGGCGUGACAGGUUUUUCUCUCUCUAUGUUUUCUAUUUCUAUGUUUAGGUUCUAGUUUUGUAUUUCUAUGUUGGGGUUUUGUUUGGGAUGGUCUCUAAUUGGAGAUCAUACUUAAGUAGGGGUUUUUCCACCUGGGUUUUGUGGGUGAUUAAUUUUGAGUUGUGUAUGUGUUCAUCUCUGUGUCACGGUUUGUUGUGGUUUUUCAUUCAGUGUAUUUAUGUAUUGCAUAGUUUCACAGUAUAAAUAAAAUGUGAAACGACA